UUUUCGUUAUCUCAUGAUGUUAUAGAUUUAGACGAUGAUGAUUCUACACUACCAAGUGAUGACAAUAAUUUAUUAGCUGAAAAUCUACCUCCUACACUAUCAGAUUUUUUAUCUAAAAAUUUUUCUUGUACAAGUUUUAGUCAACAUGUAUAA